CCAACUCGGAUUCCAUUUUGAAGAAUUAAAGAAAGGAAACGUAAGUUUCUUGCGCCAGUAAAUUGACAACACGUCAAAAAUGGCGGAUUCAGGUCCGAGUAGAAGUGAUAUCGAAGAAGUUUUCAAAAGAUUACGUUCAAUUCCAACCAACAAGACAUGCUUCGAUUGCAAUGCAAAAAAUCCAGUGUGGUCGAGUGUCACAUAUGGAGUUUUCCUUUGCAUCGACUGCUCAGCUGUUCACAGAAAUUUAGGAGUACACUUAACAUUUGUACGCUCAACUCAACUUGACACCAACUGGACAUGGCUUCAAUUGAGAAAUAUGCAAUUAGGUGGAAAUGCGAAUGCUAGAAAAUUUUUUGCUCAACACAAUUGUAUGAGUAAUGAUGCACAACAAAAAUAUACAUCACGAACGGCUCUUCUUUAUAAAGAAAAAUUAUCACAAGCCUCAUCGAAAGCGAUGCGUCUAUAUGGAACCAAGGUGUAUGUUUCUCCACUUUCGUACAAAUCGUUGCAUUUAGACAAUCAAACACAACCGGAAGUUGUUCAAGAACCAAAUGAGGUGGAUUUCUUUAAAGAACAUGAGAAUUUAGAAAGCAACGAAAUCACUGUGCCUAAGGUGGAGAAACCGUUGAUAACAUUAAACACUCUUACUGGCGAAUCAACACCGAAAUUAACGACAAAAACAGAAACAAAUGAUAAUACUUUGGGUCCGUCCGUUAAAUUGUCAGAUUCAGGUGCUUUAAUCACCGAUAGAAAACCUACAAUUGGUACCAGAAAAGUUCAACCGAGAAAAACUGGGUUGGGUAAGAAAAGUGGAUUUGGUGCUCAACGAGUGAAAACAAAUUUCGAUGAAUUGGAAAAAAGUAUGCUUGAAGCGUCACGUGAAAUUGUUAACAAAGAAAUUGAGGAGAAAUCAAAAGAGGAACAGGAAGAAAUUGCAACACGUUUGGCUUAUCGAUAUGAACAAAAUUUGAGCCUACAGGCGAAAAAAGUUGAGGAUACAAUAAAACAGUUGAGUCCCUCUAAAGCCGGACAGGCCGAGAGACUUGGCAUGGGAUUCAAUAAUAGCAGAGGAGCUAGUCAUUCGGCUUUCGGUGACAUGAGUACAAUUGCACAAGAAUCAUCAUCAAAAGUAUUCACAGCGUCGGAGCCAAAAAGAGAUCUGAGACAAAUUGAUGAUACACUCGCGACUCUCGCGACAUUUAAAGAUAUUGAUGAUUUUGCAUUUGAGCACAUUUUCAAGUCGUCGACAUUAAAUUCUAAAUCGCAAAAUGACGAGGUCACUAUUAUCGCUGAACCAGAACCGCCCAAGAGAGUGACGCCACGUCAUAAUUCCCAAAAGGAGAAUAAAGUCAAUGCUGAAGGCGAUGCUCAAAAGAAAUUUGGUUGCGCCAAAGCCAUAAGUAGCGAUCAGUACUUCCGGGACACUAUUGGAGAUGAUAAUUGGGAACGAAAGAAUAAUUUACGUCGUUUUGAGGGAUCAUCAAGCAUUUCCUCGGCAGAUUAUUUUGGCACCGGUCAAUCGAAUCCGACCUCGCCAACAUCAUCAUUGUCAAUGAAUUUCGAAGGUCGAGUUGAUCUCGAAGAUGUGCGCGAAAGUGUUCGACAAGGUGUUAAUAAAGUAGCGGGUAAACUAAGCUCACUCGCCAACGCAGCAGUCUCAUCAAUUCAGGAUCGUUAUGGACUCUAAAAAAAUUACAAAAAAAAAAAAAAAAAAAAAAUUGGCAUUAAAUACUGUUAAUGAUAAAAAAAAAAUUUCUUAUACGUGUUAUUCUAUUGAACUGUAAAUAAAAGCUUCCGAGAGCUUAAAAAACUCUCACUGUUUUUAGGUAUUAUAUAUAAAUAAAGAGUUCUGUAAAAUUGUAAA